AGUAAGAUUAUUUAAUUUUAUUAUUUAAUUCUAAUUCAUUUUCAUUUUAAUUCUCUACUUAUUACUACUAUUUCAGUGCGUUCACACUCGCGUCCCGUCUCUUUAAACCGCUUUCAGCCAGCUCUCUCCUGAUUGGCUCUCAAUGACAUCACCCUGCGCUUCCGCCCGUGUCUGGCCGCUGUUGCUCUCCGUCAUCAGCGCGGAGCUCCAUUGGUUCAGGCGCACGUCAGUCUGAAGUGAUACAAGUGCGGAGCCGCUACAAACUCCAGCUCCAUCAGUGAAGAGAGAGCAAAGCAGGACGGGAGGAGAAUGCUGCGGGUGUCCAGCGCGCGCUCCGGCUGAGCGGCUCAGACUGAUCGAUAAGCAGCGGAAGGGGGACACUGCUGAUAAACACCACGUGCAUCUUGCGACCGAGCGCACAUCUGAGUUCUCCGUGGUGUGCCAGCCCUCUGUGGUCUCUCCAUGCCUCCUUCUCCUCUAGACGACAGAAUUGUGGUGGCGCUGCCAAGGCCUAUACGACCUCAGGAACUCCGACUCCGCCUGGACACCAGCUACCUGGAAGCCACCGUGGGCACCGUCGGUCAGUCGACGGUCAUCAGCAGCACCACCGUGGUGAAGAUCCAGGCGUAUAUGCCCUCGUCCAGCGGCUCCACGCGCUCGCUGACGUGUGGAUGCAGCAGUGCCAGCUGUUGCACGGUGAGCACCUAUGAGAAGGACGGCCAGGUCAGCGCAAGCAGCCCAAACCUGAGCUCCGGAGUGGGCUAUGGGGUCCCGACGGAGGCCAGUCUCACCUCCAGCCUGAGCAGGGGCGGCAUGCGGGUCAUCCACCCCAACGAGCUGGCCAAGAAGCUGACGCAUUGCCCCUUGGGCCACCCGGUGGGGUCGGUCCCCGUCAUCAUCGACUGCCGGCCCUUCAUGGAGUUUAACAAGAGCCACAUCCGAGGCGCCGUGCACAUCAACUGCUCGGACAAGAUCAGCCGGCGACGGCUCCAGCAGGGCAAGAUCACCGUCCUGGACCUCAUCUCCUGCCGCCAGAGCAAGGACUCCUUCAAAGGGAUUUUUUCCAAAGAGCUGGUGGUGUACGACGAAAGCACGGUGGACCCGGGCCGCUUGACGCCGUCUCAGCCUCUUCAGGUGGUUCUGGAGUCGCUCCGGAGGGAAGGAAAGGACCCCAUCGUUCUUAAAGGAGGCCUCGCUGGUUUCCGACAGAGCCAUGAUGAUCUGUGCGAGCACUCUCUUUAUCUGGAGGAAGGACAGGACGGCAGUACCGCGGUGGGCCUGUCGGGGGCGCUACCUCAUUCCCUGCCCUCCACGCCGGACAUCGAGAACGCAGAGCUGACGCCCAUCCUCCCCUUCCUCUUCCUGGGCAACGAACGGGACGCUCAGGACCUGGAGCUCAUGCAGCGGAUGGACAUGGGCUUCAUCCUGAACGUCACCACGCACCUGCCGCUCUAUCACUACGAGCUCGGCCUGUUCAAGUACAAGCGCUUACCCGCCAGCGACAGCAACAAACAGAACCUGCGGCAGUACUUCGAGGAGGCCUUCGAGUUCAUCGAAGAGGCUCACCGGGCCGGCCGCGGGCUCCUCAUUCACUGUCAGGCCGGCGUGUCUCGCUCCGCCACCAUCGUCAUCGCCUACCUGAUGAAACACACCUGGAUGACCAUGACAGACGCAUACAAGUUCGUCAAGUCCCGGCGGCCCAUCAUCUCGCCCAACCUUAACUUCAUGGGCCAGCUUUUAGAGUUCGAGGAAGACCUGAACAACGGCAUCACUCCGCGUAUACUCACCCCCAAACUCUCCGGCCUCGAGACCGUCGUAUAG